AUGAGCACUGUCGCUACUGAUGCUGGCAGUAGCAGCAGCGGCUGCGUCGACUGUAGCAGUCUCCGACAUGUUACGCUAGAACUUCCCCCGGUGAUGGAGAGCGUGCUGCGCCCUCAUCAGGUGAAUGCGUUGGAGUUUAUUUGGAAGCGUCUUGUGCUGGACGGCGCGCUACGCCUGGCUGCUCGAACCUUCUCCUCCACGAUUGAGCAGCGGACUCGACUCUAUCAAGAGGUAUUUGGCGUCAUUCUGGCCCACUCGAUGGGUCUUGGUAAGACGCUCACCUCCCUCUCCUUCGUGCUGCUCUUUCAGGCACAGACGAUGCUAAUGGCAAUGAAGCGCGAUCGAGUGCGUCAGCAUCAGCAACAGCAGUCAGAGCGCGCUUCAACAGCUGUAGCUACAGGCCUGGUGCCCAAAGGCGCUGCGUGCCCUGCACUCCGUGUGCUUGUUCUGUGUCCUCGCAGCUGCGUCUUACACUGGCAGGCGUCCAUUUCGGAGUGGAUCCAACCGCGGUAUGCGGGGACCAUGAGAGUCAACUCCUACGUACCCAGCGCGAUGGGUAUCUCCCUCAAUGCAAUGCACCGCAGCAGCGGCGGCCACUCGAUUGAGGAGGUACUGCUUUCCUACUACCAGAAGGGGGGUCUGCUGCUGCUAGGCUACGAGGAGUACCAGCGCAUUCUACAGUACGCGCAGGCGCAGUACCGAAGUAACCCCACCAACACAUGGCCCCGCGUGUGGUCGCUGCUGGAUCGCCUGCGACUCCAUCUUCCACUAUUUCAGGAGGUGCGCCUACUGGACAUCAUCGAGACCGCCGACCUCGUCAUCCUCGACGAGGCACAUCGUCUACGCCGUAGCAGCUCGAACCUGGUAACAGCGUUGGCGCGGCACCUCCGCAACAUCCAGCUGCGGCUGGCACUCACGGGCACCCCAUUACAGAACCACCUCGAGGAGUAUAACACGAUGCAGUCCAUCGUCACCGGCCGCGAGCUUGACACCCAGCUCUUUCACAAACAUUUUAUUGCGCCAAUCGAGAGGGGGCAGUGCGUGGACUCCACGUACCCGCAGUUUCUCGAGAUGCAGCGGUGCAUCGCGUCAUUACGCAGGUACUUCGCCGACUCGGCGCACCACUGUGGGCCGGAAGUGCUGGCGGCCACUUUGCCACCGCGACGCGAGUUUCUCUUUUUCUUCAGACUCUCCGCAGCGCAGGAGGUGGCGUACAAGGCGAUGCUGAAGCGUUUCCACACUCAGGUUGCUGCUGGAGAAAAGGGAGACUCAGUGCUGCGGCUGCACCACGUUGCGUCACACAUAUGCCUGCAUCCCGCCCUGUCGGAGCUGGAGGCCUCGAGCAGCAGCACUGCCCUCGUCUCCGGUAAGGAUGGCGAGGAGGACGGAGAUGACGAGGAUGAAGACGCGACGCCAGUGGUGUCCUCGACUCUGCCGGCAGCUGCCCUCUCCAACCUGGAUGUCUCUGUGUCCCCGAAGCUGAGCUUUGCGUUCUACCUUACGCUACACAUCGUGCGCGAGCAGCGCGAGAAGGUCGUCAUCUUCUCGCAGUAUUUGAGUCAUCUGCGGCUGAUGGCGCAGUUGUUGGCACGUGAGGGGAUAUCAGCACCAUCCUUGACUGGGACCUCCUCCGACACAGAGCGGUGCCGCUGCAUCGCUGAGCUGCAAAGCAACGACGCAUGUCGUGUGUUAUUAUGCUCCGUCCGCGCGGGUGGGGUGGGCAUCAAACUUACCGCGGCCAGUCACUGCAUCCUUCUCGAUGUGAGCUGGAACCCCACCGACGACGUGCAGGCCACGUAUCGGUUGUAUCGCUACGGGCAGUUGCGACCGGUGAACGUCUAUCGACUGGCCACAUGGGGCACGUCUGAGCAUGUUGUCUUCGCCUACGCUUUGCAAAGGGCGUGGCUGCAGAAAAAAAUUGCCGACAUUACUGACCCGCGCCGCCAACAGCGCCAUCAGACGCGCAGCUACUUCCGCUAUCCGUGCGCAGUUCCUCUACCAGAGGACGGCUCGGGAGUUACUACUGAUGAGCAGGUGACUCUGCCGCUGUCGCAGUCGUCGCUGAAGGAGACGCUGGCGAGUAAUCGUCGGCUGGAGUACGCACUUGGGGUGUGCGAGACGCAAUGCGCAGUCGCGGCUCACGUCCUACGCAUGCACCCGGAAGAGAAGGGUUACCUCUACACUGUAAUCCCGCAGUCGGUACUGCUGCUUCACAACGAGGAUGACGUGAUUCGCGAACGUGGGCGGCGCUUCGAGGAUGCGGCCCAGAAGUCCCGCGCGUCUGUAGCGAUUCCGCUGCAGGUGACCAGCGGAGGUGCUGCCAGCGCGCAAUCGCGCGAGGACCUGAGCCUGCUGGACGCAUGCGAGGCGGAGCUCGUGGACGCGGCGCGGCAGGCAGCUCAUCUUGUGAUCACGCACGUCUUGCGGACACGCGAGGAGGCAGUCAGUGGCCGCGAUGCAGCAUCAGAGGUACACACAGUGGACCAGACUAUGUGUCAGCGGCUGCAGCCACUUCUCAUACCGGCGCUGGAGGCACGGCCGCCCCCGCGGUUCCUGGCGGAGGUGCUGCUGCUCUGCUACCAGGCGGGCGCAGCCGACGUGUUCCGCACGCUGCUGCAGAGCAGCGCGUACCUGAAGCUGCGCACAUACCUCGCCAGUCGCGUUCCGGCUGCUGGGCGACGUCGGACACGAGACACGGCGUUGCCCAGUCGGAGUCCUCUCGAGGACGCACUGCUCUUCACCCCGGUCUCCCUGUUUAAGUCGAUGUCAUCGGUGGAGGCAACGUACGUGGCGACAGAGCUCGGCUGCGACCGUCCGUUUGUUGGCUUCUGCAUGUUGCACGGCCUGCAGAAGCUGUGGUACGUGGAUGGGCGCCUGGCACUAAGUGAGACUACUCUGGAAGCGUUGGCAGCGUUGCUGGGCAUCAUCCCCGGUAGAGUCGACGGCGACAGCGACAGCGAGGAGGUCGAGGAGGCGGUCGAGGGAGAGGACGGCGUACGUGUGCGCUCGAGGCGGGAUGCUGACGGCGCGUUCGCAGAGACCGUCCCAGCGUUAGCGCAGUCUGUGCUGGCCGCCAUGGCGAGUUGUCUCGAGGAGCAGUGGCCCCCUUACGAGGGCUUCACGCUACCGCCCCAGCACCUCCAACUGGAGCGCGAGGAAAUGCGCAUAGGGCGCGCCUACCGUGCAGCGUCGAGGGCGCACAUGGAGGGCUUGCUGCCCCUUUCCCAAGUGUCGGAUCUUCUUCGACUGCCCUCCUACCGGCAAGGGCAACACAUGUACGGAUGUGCGCGGUGCCGCAGUCCGCUGCUGCAGCGGCUCGACGCGACACACCUGGAGUGCCCGCGCUGCCACUACAACGCCGAGUUCGAGGUGCGUGCCGACCCCCGCAUGCAACAGCAGACGGUGCUUUACCAGCUCUCCGUAGUGGCCAACCUGCUCGACGCCUUUUCCAUAACGAAGAGCUUCGCUGUGUCGUUCUCGCCGUCCGAGUGCGGCGAUGUCAGUGCGGCCUUGCGGGAGGUGCAUACGUCCCAGGCAGUAUUUGAGUUCGUGCGCCGCGCGAUGGAGGAGGGGGUGCGAGCUUUCCUGAGCGAGUACCCACCACGGCUGGUGCGACUGCUCGGGCUGCAGCUUGGAACUGGCGGAGACGUCGAGGAAUUACGUCGAGUUUUGCUGGCAAACGGACGACUCGCCUCCCACACGAACGUGCGGGAGCACUUGCGAGAGCGUCUCGCGCAGGCGUUCGCGGACUUUGUGCAUCCCAGCACGCUCACGCAGUUUGUGGCCAUGCCCCUCAUGUUCCUCGUCACGGCGUUGCAUUACCUCGCUCGCUGCGAACGACUGUCCUACGCACACGAGCUGCUACUGGAUGAGUGUCCGACGCCACGUCGCAAGCUUCUGCGCUUCGCCAGUGAUGCCCUCGUCAAGGUGCUCUAUGUGGAGCGGCUGUUGAAGCACUGCCGUCAGAAGCCCCUACCGUCCUCGUAUGCCUCUUCGAUAUCGGUUGCUGCCUCUAGUGCGACGCUGGGGAUGGGUACGGGUGCGCAGCAGGAGAACGUUGUGAGCAGCAAUGGCGACGGCGCUGGCUCUCUGACCUCCCUUUUGAUGGCCGCUUCCUCGUCGGCUGGGAGCCAAAGCCAGCCUUGCAUUUCUACAUCCUCAUCGUCUUCCUUUCACAGCGACAGCAGCGGCGGCUCACGCAGCGACAAUGCCGCCGGAGCACGGCGGUCGCACAAGGACCCGCUGCUGCAUGCGAUGGACAGCAGUCAAAAUGGCCGCAGCGGUAGUGGUUCUCGCGCCACCUCUACCACCUCUUCUUCCUCGGCUCGCCCCAGCUCAUCCAGCUCCUUCAACUCUGUCUACUCCGGCGAUCGCGCCAGCUUCCCUGAUGGAAGCGCGUCAGACGCGGAGGAGCGGGAUGAGGCGAUGCGGGGGCAGCAGGACACCGUGACGUGGUUGGAGGAGCUGGCGCGCAACACGCUGGAGCGGGCCGCCCCCACUGCGGAGGAGUUGGAGAGCGAGGCGGUGCAGCAGCAGCGGUCGGCCCAGUACUGGAUUGCCUUUUGUGAAGUUUACGGCACCCACAGCGCUGAGACGCUCACUGUCUACAUCGAGGACAAGGAGAGUGGCGCAAAGGUGUUGCCGCCGCCACCGCUGUCCUUUUGGAUUUCGCAGGUUGCCCACACCACCAUGGUUGGCUACUGCAUGACCGACAUGCUGGACAUCUUCUUCAAGAAGGUGCUGGAGCUCUCGCAACAGGUGCGUGUCAUAUCGUAG